AUGGAGCAAAAUAGAGAAAUACAUAUGAUGAUACAAAAGUUCCUCUCCAUCGAGAAGGAUUUGGUGGACAAAAAUGAAGGCAUGGAUAACCAGUCUACUAGGAAAGCUUCUUCAUCAGCGCUGCCUCUUCGGAUUGGCAAGAACACCAUGGUGGGAUUCGAGGAUCACUUGAUUCAAAUAAUGGGCGCUCUCUCUACCGACGAAUCGGGCCGCCGGAUUAUCCCUAUUGUUGGGAUGGGUGGCAUAGGUAAGACUAACCUUGCCACUAAUGUUUUUAACAAUCCUUUUAUCAUUGAAAAGUUCGAUAUUCGUGCUUGGUUUGUUGUAUCCCAAGAAUGUACUGGCAAAGAGAUUCUUCUAGGCCUUUUGCAUCAGAUUAUUAAUCCUACCAAUCGAAAUGAACUUGAGAUGAAUGAUGAUGAUGUAUUGGGAGAAAAGUUGCACAAAACUUUGUUUGGGAGAAAAUAUUUCAUAGUAAUGGAUGACAUGUGGGAUAUCACGGCUUGGGAGAUUGUGAAAAGGUUCCUUCCCGAUAAUAAUAAUGGAAGUCGAAUCUUGGUAACUACUAGGCUGUUGAAGUUGGCUGUGGAUCUUGGAUCUUGUACCCCUUAUGAAUUGAAUUUACUAGACGAAGCACAGAGUUGGGAUCUACUUCGUGAAAAGGUAUUUCCAGAAGGACGUUGCCCUGCUGAAUUGGAGGAAAUUGGAAGAAAUAUUGCGAAAAAAUGCAGAGGACUUCCUUUGGCCCUUGUUGUCAUUGGUGGGCUUCUUGCAAAGUCCAAAACAGAAGAUUGGAAGUACGUCGAAGAAGAUGUAACUUCGGCAGUGAACAAUGAAGAUGACGAGUUAUGCAUGAAGGUAAUAUCAUUGAGUUAUAAUCACUUGCCUAUAUAUCUCAAGCCUUGUUUCCUAUAUUUGGCCGUAUUUCCACAAGAUUUUGAUAUCAAAAUGUCGAGGCUCGUCAGGUUGUGGGUUGCAGAAGGAUUUGUUAGACAAUGUGGGCCUAAAAGCUUAGAAGAAAUUGGAGAGGAGUAUUUGAAGGAUCUUAUAGAUAGGAAUCUUAUUUUGGUUAGUAAGAGAGGAGAGAAGCUCAGCAUGAUCUUUUAA